CACCACCCAUAUCAAGAUGGCGGUGUCGUUCGGUGGUGCGGGUUUAAUUCUGGCCAAUCAUGCAGUAGCACACAUGAGCAGGACGCUCUGUGCUGUUCCCAGGGCUCGAGCAAUCCAUUCCACCGCUGUGUGUUGCAAGCACCAAGCAGCACGGAUUCGUGUUGGGAAAGGAGACAAACCCGUGACAUAUGAAGAGGCCCACCCUCCACAUCACAUUGCCCACCGCAAGGGUUGGCUAUCUCAGCACACCAGUAACCUGGACAGAGAGACGGGCGCUGCGGAGAGGACGGUGGAGGACAUUUUUAUCCGGCGCUUCAUCUUCGGCACGUUUCAUGGCCUCCUUGCCAACGAGCUGGUCAUCAAACGCAGGGGUAACAUGCUGGUGGUGUGUGCACUCUUCACUCAGAAGAUCCCUGCCUAUAAGUUGUACUUCCUCAUUGGCUACACUGAGACCCUGCUCUCCUACUUCUACAAAUGCCCUGUUAAGAUGGAGGUGCAGACAGUAAAGGAUAAAGUGGUCUAUAAGUACCUGUGAGGGAAAUGACUUUCCAGUGGCUUUUGAGCUUUAAGGCCCAAGAGAGACUAAACAGAUGUAAUUAUGUGCUGCAUGGGACUUUUUGCCAUCAGCACCAUUCCGGACAGCUUUUCUGGUGUUCUUCUCUUUUCUUUGUUCCUUGUCAACUCUAGAAAACUAAUGGUAGAGUGUU